UGGGGUUCGACGACGACGACGCGCGUCGCAACGACCGAAGUUCACCGAGCAAGCACGGCUACGUGGAGACUCCGGUUGGUUUGGCCUGGCACGGGCUACACUCGCAGUGUUCCAAAAGUCGGCACCACGCACGAACCGCACGUCGACGCCUUAAGACACGUUCAACAAGAUACGAACACGCACGCGAACACACACCAACGUUAUCGAGACACACUCGAAUCCCGAAACCACAAACACGUAGAAACGCGCGCCUCCUCAAAACGUAUAUAUUGUCGUCACGGCUCGCUGAACGAUAGCCUCCACUCUCCUGACGGAAGUGCUGAUCCUGCGCGAAGCAAGGACUCCGAGGGGAGAGAACAACCUGGGACAAGCUCCGAGUAACUGCAGACUUGAGGAUAGUACCGACAACGGCUAUUCCAGGUCACGCCACCCCAAGCGAGCCGUUGUGGAAAUGCUCUACAUCACGAGGAAGAUACGUUAAACUGGAGUGUGGUGGUGGAGGUCGGUGGAGGUGGGAGGACAUCAUUUCAUCAAAACUCACCUGGACUCAUUCGAGUUGUAGAAAUCCUUAGAUUUACCCUUUACCGUCCCUGACCUUCCUUACUUCCUGGUGUCAUCAGAUAUAUCGUGAAUUCGUAGUGUAUCGUGGUUUCUUUUCUCAACAAAUAUUAUUAUAUUUUUUUGGUGAACCGUGUUCGACGGUGCCGAUCGCGAGUGUCGAUUUGUUUUCAAUAAAUUGGAAUCAUCGUGCGGGGUAAGUAGGGCUAACUAGUGAUAAAGUAACACUCCUUUAAGAGGGCAACCCUUCUCUAUAGGUCUGAUAAACGUAGUAAGACUAGUGAGUGUGCAAAAAAAAGUAAAUAUUACUCAAGACUUUGAAUCGACAAUCAGGAAGAUGAUGUAUGAUCGUUUCUAUUCUAAUGACCCGACACAAUUAACAACUGGGAUAAUCCGUUAGUAUUUAUUGAAACGAGAAAGUGAUUAGUGUGCGAGGCAAUAUCACAAUUUUGAAAAAUAUUAUUGAUAACAAAUUAGAAACCCCCUAACCUCUUGGUCUUCCGGGGUUUUUGGUGCGUGUCUUGAUGAGCGUGGCGUGGAUCGAUAGUGGCCUCGCGAGCUCAACACGACGUUGACGUUGGUGAAAUACCCCCUGGUGACAUUCACACUCCGACACGAGGUGAAAUUUCAUCAGCAUAUAGUGACCCGAUUUCAAGUAAUUCACAAUCGCUUAGCUUACGAUUUAUGGGGGACUUUGGUGCGGCAAGUCUUUUUUCCAAUAAUUGUGGUCCCACCAACAAACCAUUCACCGUAAGUUCCACUAGUGCAACCAUUACUGUCACAACAACAACAAUGCAAGACGACUUGCUCAUCGAGAAGCAGAGUUCGGCGAAAACUGCUCCACUCUCACCUGGUGGUGUCUUAGAUCAGACAAUUGGACAGGACAAAUCAAAGGAUUCAGUGGAUGUUGACAAUAUCAGCAUAACACAGAAUGUCACAUCUCCUGACAAGGAUUUGUCCUGCAAUACCACUUCGAGUUUACAAGGUUUCUCAGAUCCGGUGAGGGUACCAAGCCUCUGGGCUGCUCCAGAUGACUCCAGUUUGCACUCACUUCCAGUAAAUGGAUCCAUCGCUUCGUUUCAAAAUUUUCCAACUAGUGGUACCGGCCUCUUUGCUGGUUCCAGUGCCACUGGACGACGUGCAAUCACAGCUAGUCAUAAUUUUCCACAACAUGGAAAUGCAGCUCCAAGUAGCAGGCAUGGUCUGCCAACACCGUCCGUUCAACAACAACAACAACAACAGCAACAACAGCAGCAGCAACAACAACAGCAAUCAUCUCACCCUGGUGUCUAUUUACAGGGGAAAGGUUACGCUGCCUGGUCAGGAGGUCCACAAGCACCACAACAAUGGGGUAGUGGACCUCAAGCUGCUGCUCAAACUCCUGCAUUAUCACCUUGGAGUCGUGGCAGAUCUGUACCAAAUCUACCACCUUUACAUUCGUCUUUACAUGCUGCAGCUGCCGUUGCUGCAGCAGCGGGUCUACAAAACAGGAAGCCAAGUCCAACAUUUCCCGGCCAUCCUGUUCCCACGGGUCAUCCAUCGAGUAUAAGUCCAGUGAAAUUUCGAAGAAGCACAUCCUAUCCUGGAAAGGGCAAUUUAUAUCCACCUCAACCAACACCCACGUUCGAGGUCACAUCUGCAGAUGAACGAGAUCUCAUGCAACUUCCACCCUAUCAGCAGGAUCGUAUGACGGCAAACGGAAAUUCACCUUUGGAUAGUAUGCGGACAUUAGAACAUUAUUUAAGUGACAUCAUGCGAGCGGGAGCGGCUGAUACUUCGGAACAUCUUAAAGGAUUCAUAAAUUGCAAUUCCAACACGCUACAGUCCCUCGCACAGCUACACGGUAAGUCAGUGAAUCAUCACAUGCUUAUCACAAAACCCCAAAUAUUGAGAGCGACAUUUCGAAAUCAUCCACACGCAGUCGAAUGUGAGUCUGCUCAAUUGUUUAGUAACAACAAUCAGCGUAAAUGUAAGUGGUCAGCUCCUGAUAAGCAGUAUGGAAGAAAAGUUCAUUCAGGUGUCUCUCGUGAAUUUAUCAAUUGCAAAUCUCCAUUCUUUCCAAGUCUCGAUGAACAGGGAGGUAAUCUUUUAGAUGAUCCUACUGGACAAUUGGAUGGGAUUGGUGUUGGUGUAGGAGUUGGUAUGAAUGCACCACAAGCUGCACCACUUUCAUCUCCAAGCCGAAGCAGUCCUCACAGUCAGGGAAGUGAAACUGGCGAACGAUUUUCAAGAAAAGUCUUCGUCGGCGGUCUCCCACCAGAUAUUGACGAAGAUGAGAUCACAGUCAGUUUUCGUCGCUUCGGGCCUUUAGUCGUUGAUUGGCCUCACAAAGCUGAAAGUAAAUCCUAUUUUCCACCAAAGGGCUACGCUUUCCUGUUGUUUCAGGACGAAAGUUCGGUGCAGCAGUUGAUUGACGCGUGCAUUCAGGACGAUGACAAACUAUACCUUUGCGUCAGUUCACCAACAAUCAAGGACAAACCAGUGCAAAUUCGACCUUGGCGCUUGAGCGACGCGGACUUUGUGCUUGACGCUUCAAUGCCACUCGAUCCACGAAAAACAGUUUUCGUUGGUGGGGUACCGCGACCUUUGAAAGCUGUUGAACUCGCAAUGAUCAUGGAUCGAUUGUACGGCGGUGUUUGUUACGCUGGAAUCGAUACUGAUCCAGAAUUAAAAUAUCCCAAAGGAGCUGGAAGGGUAGCUUUCAGCAAUCAACAAAGUUAUAUUGCUGCCAUCUCGGCACGAUUUGUUCAGCUACAACACGGCGACAUCGACAAGAGGGUCGAAGUCAAGCCUUAUGUCUUGGACGAUCAGAUGUGCGACGAAUGUCAAGGUCAGCGCUGCGGAGGAAAAUUUGCUCCCUUCUUUUGCGCCAACGUUACCUGCCUUCAGUACUAUUGCGAACACUGUUGGGCAACAAUUCACUCCCGACCUGGACGAGAGUUCCACAAGCCUCUGGUGAAGGAGGGUGCGGAUCGGCCUCGCGCCGUGCCUUUUCGCUGGUGUUAACCCCAACUGCGUCGCCCCUAAUUACCUCGCGGCUCUAGCUAAUUAACUACCACAUCUACAAUGCCCUGAACCCAUUAUACCUUUAUACCCACCUUACCUAGUCACAAGUACUACUACUCGAUUGUCACUACUCCACUCUUCUACUACUACUACUACUAUUACUACUACUACUCUACUACUACUACUACCACUAAUAUGCUACGAAACUAUUACUACUAUUACUCCAUUACUACCCCUACUAUCACCGAUUUUACUCGCAAGAUAAUUGAGAAAAAAAAGAAACCCGUUACGCAAAAAAGGAAACCCACAAGAUCUUCCUCUGCUCCCUCGGAUCUUGUCAAAAAAAAAUCAACAUUUUAGAAAAAGGAUAAUCAAUCAAAUCCAUAAUAUUCAAGAGACAAGAAAUUGGAUCAUCGAGUGACGUCUGUCAACGUGUCAAGUGGAUACGAAAAAAAACCCCCCCAUAUUAUCGUUAAUAAUUGAAUUCUUGUAAAACCUUGUCGGACCAUUUAUUGUCCAGAUUAAGAUCGCGUGUUAUAUUUACCUUCGAGAAUUCUCUUCUACGAACUAGCGGCGUAUUAAUCAAUUUUUCUCGUGGCGAAAAAUUCUUUUUUAUCCCUCAACAAUCGGAUAAACGCAAAGAAAAUGAUUCGAUCCAUAAAAGAACGACGAGGAAUAAAAAACAAAUUUUUCGCAUCGAGAUUGAAAAAAAAAAAAAAAUUCUAAUCGAUCCAAAAAAAAAAUCGAGGGUGAAAAAGAGGAAGAGAUGAGAGUAAAGAAAGUAAGGAGGGGAAAAAAGGGGGAGAGGGAGAGAACUCUAAAGAAAUUAAUAAUAUAAUGGGAAAAAUAACGAAACACGCUCUCGAGCGUGUAUGAGUGUUAUUAAUCGAUAAAUGGAAAACCCACGCUUUAUCGCUGUGUAUUAGAAGAAUUCUCUGUAUCACAGUUUCUAGCACCUAAGAAUCUUUAUUAACUGCGUUACAUAGGUACGUUAAUUAUUAAAAAAAAGAAAGAAUGAAAAGAAGCUCACGCGGGUAAAAAAAAUUUUUUUAAGCCAAAUUUCUUCUCGUUGAAGAUGAGGUUUUUCCUUUUUUUUUUUAAUUUGAUAGUUGAAUUUUUUCGCGAGGGGCGACCUUUUAGGGGACAAUUUAUUUUUUCACCGGCCCGCAGAGACAGCAUCCGGUCUUCUUUAUGAAGGUUUUCAGGUGUGUCUGCCUGAAGAAAGAAAAAGAAAGACCCAUUUGCCAAUCGCUUCCUUGGGAAGCAAAAAAAAAAAAAAAAAAAAAAAAUAUCACUCUCGCUAAAUAGGAAAAAUGUUCAUUUAAAAAAAAAAAAAAAAGAAAAUUGUUUAAAAGGCGAUAAAUGCAUUUCAAUUUUUUUGCAAAUAUCGCGUUUUAACGAUGAUUAUGAUGAUAAUAGUAAAUGAAACUUUUUCUAACCAAGCGAGGCAAAUCUUCGGAUUAAAUCUCCCAUUGGUACAGGUAGAAAUGAUCCGUAGAAUAGAGAAACGUAGAAAUUCGUUAAAAUCGUCCUUGACUUUAAUGACGCAAAAAAAAAAACGAUCUAUUUUCAUUUAGGAUAGAGGACUUUUGCUACUAUCUCGUAGAAUUCGACAUUUGCCGAAGGCAGAUGUAUGUAAUACUUUCCGAUAACGAAAUGAUAGAUUUUUUUUAGAUCUUUCUUCAAGCCAGACAAAAAAAAAAAAAAAAAAACAAAAACAAAAAAAUACUAAAGGCGAGUUACGGGUUUUUUGCAAUUCGAAAAAAGAAAACCCUAAAACCACGAGGAAGCUCUAGGCAAAGAAAUAAAUGGCGUACGAGAUCGAGCAUCCUCGAUGCUCACCGAAUUCGACAUCCAAGAGGCUUUUAGAUUAUGUGACGCGCCCACCAAAAACCGGCAUUAUCGUUGCUUCGUGUCCUACUUUUAUAAAAAAAAAAAAUAAAUAAAUAACUUUUUUGUCCAAAUUUUUGCUAUGGUAGACAAGUGUUUUAACUCUUAAUAAUAUAAUAAUAAUAAUAUUAAUAAUAAUAAUAAUAAUAUUAAUAAUAAUAUAAGAAAAAAAAUAGCAGUGUGAAAACGGCUUUCGUGGACGCGUCCAAAUCUAAAAACAAACAAAAAAAAAUUUUUUUUUUGUGCUUGGCUUGUUGUGAUCGCAGAGUGUUUAUUUUGAACGUUACUCUAAUACCUCUCCGCGUAUUAGAUUUACAUUCGAAUUUUUUAAAUGAAAAAAAAAAAAAAAUUCUCCGGGAUUGGCCAAUAUUGAUGUCACUCGGAUCAACGAUUUAUUUUUGUAUUUUUUUCUACCUAAAUCCGAGGCUCGGGAGAGAGAUCGAGGAUAAGGGUGUACGAAAAAUCGCGAGAUGCCGACAAUAAGCGGAAUAAAUCCAAAAAAAAAAAGAAAAUUUCAUACAAAAAAAAAGGAAGAAAUAUCUCGAUGUGCACGUCUCAGAGCGAGAAAAAGAUAAAACAAUAAUUUAACACCCUUGAGCUCGCUCGUGAUCGCCCUCAAAAAACAUUAGAAGAAAAAAAAACGAGUGGGGGGGGGCUAAUUUUGUACAUAAAUGUGUAAAAUCUUCUAUUGCUACCUGCCCGCGCCAGCAGCGUUCGAGUGCGCACUCUUAACCACGAUUUCUUCUCUCGGUGUAUAUAAUCAAACGAAUGCAAUCGCGUAGUUCAAAUUGAAAAAAAAAGAAAAUAAUAAUAAUACACUUGUCCCAAAACUGAAUAGGACAAUUAUUCUAAUUAAUAAUUAGAAAUCAGAGUCGAGAACGUGUUGUGUCGUGUUUCUUUCCCACACGGUGAAAAAAAGAAGCUGGGGCAAGUUGACGCUUCUGAAGCACGAUAUACGUAUAUAUAUUAUAUAUAUUAUAACCAAUGCAAAAAUACACUACAUGAAAAAAAAAUUUUUUUUUUUCAAUUUACAGUACAUUUUUUUCACACAUACACACACUCGAAUACACAUAACAUUUGGAAAUAAAACACGGAGAGAAAUCCGCAAUAUGGACCCGUAAGGUUUAAGAGAAAGACAAAAAAAAGUAAUCUCCACAUCUAUAUAUAUACAUAUAUAUAUAUAUAUAUAUAAAUAUAAACAUAUAUAUUUAUUUUUUUGGUCUCCUUUUUGUAUAUAAUAUGGGCCACCUUAGGCGUAGGUGGUGAUUAAAUACCGAAGAGACGAAGGAAAGAAUUACAAGUGUCUCGUUUGUGAACUUAGCUUCUCCCCUUCGAUUCACGGUAUUUCAACUGCUCGAAAAAAAAAAAUGAAAAACGCGCUACGCUCUCAAAAAAAAAAAAAAACUAGGAAAAGGUGAAUUAUGUUUAAAUCGCGAAGUCGCGAAUAAAAAUCGUGCAAUAUUAGCAAACAAAUAAAAAAAAAGAUAAUCCGGCAACAAAACCGGGUGAUUUGUGAAAAAAGUCUUUUAAAUAUUGUUAGCAUGAAAAAUUUUUAUUCUUUAAUUAAUUCUUAUUAUUAUUGUUCGCUGUGGCAAUUUACAUCAUAUAAUUUUUUUUUCUAAUCAAGUAAAUUAAUUUUUACUCUCUAAUUUUUUUUUUUAUACCUACAAAUAAAUUUCAUAUGUCAUGAUUUAUAUUAUUUUUUCAUAAAUAAAUUAAUAAAAAAAAUUUUCGAAUGAAAUAUUUGUAUUCCUUUUUUUUUAUCAUAAGUUUAAGACAAUUUUUUUUAUCAUUUCUAGAAAAAUUAUCUUAAUUUGUAUAUAAAGAAACCAAAAAAGAAAAAAAAAUGUCGUUUGUGUGUUUUUGUCUCGUCUCUUUUUAGUGUUUAUUAAAAAACACUAUACAGUAUUUUAGUGUUUUAUAAGAAACACUAUAAUAGUGUUUUUAAAAAUUAUAACUCACAGAUCACGUAGUUUUUUUUAAGCUAAACAGAAAAAGAAAAAAAAAUGUGAAAAUUCAAUAGUACAAUGAGAAUUUUGAGGCGUGCAAAAAAGAGCGAGCAUUAGUUAGUGCAAUUUUAACGCGAGUUACGACCUUUCACGUGACGCGCGAAUUUAACAAAAAAGAAAAAUAAGGACAAAAAGCCGCGAACGUCGAAAACAAAUGAACGGAAACCCGACAUUUUUUUACCCUCUACCCUCUACCAUACCAAGCGAUGACAAAAUAAAAUUAAUUUCUUUUGAAAUCAUUUUUUUUUUAUUUUUUAAUAUUAAAACAGUGAAAUUCAUUUUUAUGAAAUGAAAUCAAAAUGAAAUUUAAAAUCCCAUUGUCUUUGGAGAAAAAAAAUUUCGGCUUUUCCUUGAUUUGAUUCAAACAUUCAUGGCGUGUCCGCCUUAAGUAAAUAAAUUCAUGAUCGGAGUUAUCAGUAAUUUAAAAAAAAAAAAAAAUGUCAAAAAAAUUUAAUCGUGUUCAACUCACGAUUAAGUUUAUAAAAAUAUAUAUUGUACGUAAUAUAAAUAUAAUGCAAUUCGUAUAUACAUAAAUAUUUACAUAAAUGGCGUGAACUCGCAAAAAAUUAAUAAAACAAAUUUUCCCUCAGCGCGUUUUGAUCGUGUACGUUUUUCUAUAAUACAUAUACAUCACAAUUCGAUAAAUUGAAAGAUACAAAUAAGGGAAAAUGAAAAAAAAAAAAAAAUUAUAUAACGUGGAAGGACACACCCUAUACACGAACAUGUAAACACGUAUACAGAAAAAAAAAUGAAUUAUAUAAUAAAUAAAUAAACACAAGCGCGACACACGCCAAUCGGUAUAAUUGUAGCGAAAACUUAACUAGGUACCAAUUCACCUAAAUCAAUUGAUAAUUAAAAAAUAUAUAUUAUAAUUAUAGAGUAGCAUUAUAUUCGACUUUUUGACCGCCGUUGACGUUAGACAUUUUUUCGGACAAUGGACCGUUUUUUCUAGUGAAAUUUGUCUAAUUUUUAAUUACAUACACCGGGUAUUUUCCGAGAACCCGUUCUAAUCUCAUUACUUCCCCCCGCCCCCAAUUUUUCACUAAAAAUUAUCAGCCGUUUGUCGCACAUUUAUUUUUCUAUAUUUAUUUUUUAACUAUAUACAUACAUAUAAUAUACACAAUAUCUAAUCCAAAGAUAUUUUUUUAAUCGAAUUGUGAUUUACUCGAAGGGAUCUUUUUUUUAUAUAAUAUAUUUCGUUAUGGGGAAAUAUUUUUUUUUAUACCUAGAAUUAACAUUUUAUUGUACAAAAUUUAAGAUAAGUUUUCUUCUUUUUUUUUACUUUUAAUAUGUAAGAUUUUUUUUUUUUUGUGAAAUUCCCCAUUGGAGAAUUUACGAAAACAAAGUGAGAACGGCUGUUUUUUUUAGUAGUGACACACGAUAUUAAAAAAAAAAAAAAAAAAAAAAAAAGAAAGAAAAAGAAAACACGAACACAAAUCUUGCAGGCACACUUACGUGCGCGUUCUUAAUAUUCGAAAUUACGAUCGUACCUUUUUAAUAUGAAUAAUAAAUAUGUAGUUAUUAAAAAGAGAAAAAAAAAUCUCAGUUGUGUUAUCGUGCUUUUUAUAAAAAGUUUAGUGCCGAUGACAAAAAAAAAAAAAAAAGCGGUGCUGUUUUCAUACGUGAAUCAAACUGUUCUAGACGUCGUGUAUAAGAAAUUGAUAUGUGAAAAACUACGAUUUCGCGCUAGUGCUUCACAGAAAACAAAAAAAAAAAAAAGAAAAAUGAGAAUCGAAGUGUCCUGUUGUUUACUGUAUCCUUGCUCAUGCUCUAUGGUCUAAAUGAUGAUAAUUAAUAUGCAUUCAAAUUUAUAAACAUCAACCACUUUCCCACCCUUAAAAGCGUCUUCACGUCAUGAGAAUUUUUCCGAAAAAAACUUCCCUGAAAAAGAAUUUAUUUCAAAAAUUAAUUUCAUUUUCAACUCAUUUUUUUUAAAAAAAUAAUUAAAAAUUUUUCUAACUUAAAAAUGUAAUAAAAGUAUUAAAAUUUUUUAUUGAAAUUAAUUAAUAUAAUGAUUUUAAUGAAUUAGAAAAAGAAAUUUCAACUUCGUUAAUAACAAGAUCUGUUUAUUAAAAAUAGAGAAUUUCAAUUUUUUGUAGAAAGAAAUAAAAAAAAUUAUUUUAAAUCCUCCUCUUUUUCCGGGAAAUAAAUAACGAUACAAAAAAAAAAUUGUCUUUCUCUGCAAAGUUCAUCGCAGUUGGCAACGACUCUUAUACUUCUCGUCAGAAUCGAAAUUCCACGUCACGAGACACCCCCACAUAUCAAAAUCGAUUUUCGCACAAAAGAAAAAGGGUAAAAAAGAAACCGGAUUUGCUUAUUUCGAGCUUUUUGCGAAUCUCGAGUGCGUUGGGAGUUUUAAUUUAAUUUUAAUCGAGAGCUCGGGUAUAGAGAGGCGCGUUGUUGGAAAAUAUGGGAGAGAAAAAAAUAAAUUCGACUCGUGAGACGCGGUUAACACACACACACACAGCUACAGAAAAAAAAAUCACGGAAACAGAUAUAAAAUCACAGACAUAAAAUUUUACAAAUUCAAAAAAAAAAAAAAAAAAAUUACAAAUGCUCACAUCAAAACAAUUAACAGAUUUUUAAUACAUAACAAAGUAACAUUAAGAACACACAGAAAGCACUUUUCAUGCGUUGCACGCGUGAUCGGUAUGACAAAAAAAAAAAAAAAACAAAAUAAUAACAAUAUGUUAGGUGUGAUUCUUCACCUCCUUUGUAAUGUGUGUGAUAAAGCAUAGAAUAUAUAUAAUGACUAUUAUAUAUAUAUAAAUAUAAAUAUUAUAUAUAAAGUACUAAUAUAUAAUUGAUAAUAAUGAUUAAAAUAUCUAAUAUAUUCUGACAGACAAGAAAAAAAUAUAACUGAAUUUACUUUCGGGGACAAAAGUCCGAUUUCUUUUUUAAAACUUUAAUCAGAGGUCUCUACCUCAAGAAUAAAAUAUUAUUCAAUAUAUAUAUACACAAGUUAAAUAAAAAAAAAUCUGUUCUAAAAGAUAAGAAAUUUCUCUAUUUUAAAGAAUGAAAAUUUUCUUUUUUCAAAUUUUUUCAACUAUUUUGAGGUAGAACCUUUUAAAUUUUGACUUUCGUGUCCGAACAGUAGAGCGAAUAAUUUGCACGACACACGACAUAUAUAGUGAAACAGUAACAACAGAAAUAGCAUACAACAACAAAAAUACAAAGGUACACAAAAAAAAAGUGAUCCAACAAAUAUCACUUACACGAACACAACAACGGCAUAUAAAACUCUAUAUGAUAAUAAAAGAUGAAAAAAAAAACAAGUAAUCCUUAAUGGCAGCAAUUAUAAACAAAAAAGCGCAUCUCGACCGAACUCUGUCGUUCGAUUUACUGAAUGAAUAAUUAAGGGCAAAUCGUGCGAAAGAGAAAAAAAAAGAAACAAAUUAAGUACGCGAUGUUAAAAAAAAACGAGAGGGGGAAAAGAGUAACAAUGGUAGUCACUUACGAUAGAUUUGUAUUUUUCAGUGUUGAAAAAUUUUUUAUACCGCUGUUAUAUUCUUGUCUAUAUAUCUUAGUUCCGUGCAAGAGAAAAAGAAUAAAUGAGAAUAUAUGAAAAAAGAGAGAAUGUGCCUCUAGGUGAGAAUGCUAAAGGGGGGAGGGAAAAGGAACAAUUAGUUCUGUCCAAAAAAAAAGAAAAAAAAAAAAAAAAAAAAAAAUAUGGAAAGAACGGGAUCGAUGGUAGUGAAAUUUUUGUAUCUCUAAAAAAAAGUAAAUAUUACCAAAACAAGCAAUUUUGUUUUUUUUUGGUAAACAAAAAAUUAUGCAUGAAUGUGAAGUAUAUUAGAGAAAAAAUGUCUUUUAUUUUCGGAAUAAGAAGAAAUUUUUGCAACCCCUUCGAGAAACCCUGAAAAUCAUGUGUAAAAAAAAAUGCAAUAUCGCGCGAAAAUGAAUAGAAGAUACCACGAAGUCAAAUUUAAAAAAAAAAAGUGAUACGUGCGUGAUCGUGCGUACUUCCUACAAUAUACCUAUAUAUUAUUUAAUAUGAAUAUAAAUAAUGAUAGUAAUAUAAAUUACCCCUGCUCACCCUCCGAUAUACCGUUUUCCGAGGAAGAUUCAAAUGAUUUUUAUUUUUUUAUAUAAAAAGUUAUUAUUAUUAUAUUAUUAUAAAACUGUAGAUAAAAAGAAAGAAAGAAGAAAAUCUGUAGCGUUUAUAUAAAAAAAAAAUAGCCCGAAGAUUGUUUUCUUUGUUUGUCUCUUCUCUUUAUAUUCGACAAAAGCGAUACCCAAAAAAUUUUUCUUACAAAUUUUUUGGGCGCUAUUGUCAAUUUAGUUUAUGAUUUUAUUUUAUUUUUUUUUUUUUAGUAUAUCAAAAUACUAAUAAUGAAUAAUUCUAUAAGUAAGAAGAGCACCUAUUAUCGCUAUAAUAUAAUUAUUACGUUUACGCUAAUUAUUGCUAUAUUAUAUACCACUUAUUACACUGUUAUUAUCAUUGAUCGUUAUCGCCUAUAUAUGAUUCCUGUCACUAUUAUAUUUGUAGAGAUCUCCACGAGUACCAAAGAGACAAGGAAACAAUCACACAGCCAAAUUUUUUUUUUUUUUCAUAACAUUUAAACACAAUUAAAAAAAAACAUGCAUAAUCAAUGAAUUAAAAAAAAAAAUUAUGCAUUUUUCAAAAAGAAAAAAAGCAUAAGACAAUUAAAGAAAAAAUUAUACAGCGCAGACAUUAAUGUGCACAUUUUAAGAAUAAAAACAAAAGGAAAAAAGAAAAUCCAAGUAGCCUAAGAAUUUUGUGGAGACAUUAAAUGAAUAUCCGAGCAUUCAAAAAAAAAAAAAAUUAAAAAAACAGCAAGCGUUGGUUUCUGAGUUUUGUCGUGAAAUUGACGACUAGCAAGAAAAAAAAAAAAAAAAUAACGAGAGGGAAUUUUCUUUCUCGCAAAUCGAGCUUCUCUUUAUUAUAAUAUGGAGAGAAACAAAUUAUGUCAAAUUUUUGAGCCGCUGGUGAUUGACAAAACCACGUGUGCUCUUGGCUAGGAAAUUCAAGUCACGAAAUGUUUAGGACUUUAGAGGUAUAUAAAAUAAUUGCUUAGACUUUUUAAGACAAAACAUGAAGCUGGGAGUAGUGCAAUGUUAAGAGACAAAAAAAAAUACAGACGCGGCGAGGGGAAUUACUUGAAAAUGGAAUGACGAGCUUUUUUUUUAAAAAAAAAAAAGAUUAUAAUUAAUCGAAAUAAAAUUGUAAAAAAUUUUAAUUUAAAUUAUUAAAUCAAUUUUUAGGUGAUUAAAUUUAUUUGAAAUUAUAUUUAAGGAAAUUAAAAUUACGUGAUGAAUUUAAUAUUACUAGUUGAAAUUAAAAUUAUUAGUAAAAUUGAAAUUACAUUGUAGAAAAAUUAAAAUAUAACAAUUCCGUCUUUGAAGCCAAUUUUCUUUUUAAUUGAAAAAUAAUGAGAAAAGAGUGAUUAUAAGUUGAAAAAAAAGGUCCAGACAAAAGGACAAAGUGAAUCAAUUUUUAAUCACGAAAAGAGCAAAGAAAUUGUUUAAGAUCAAAGACCGCAAACUUGAGUUUGAACUUAAAACUAAUUGAAAUCGGCAAAGUUUGUAUGGAAUGAAAAAAAGUCAAAUAUAAACGAAUGCACUCGAAUCGAAAUCGUAUUUUAAAAUUAAUUUAUUCGUUGAGAUACUUUUAAAGAGUUUAUAAUUUGUUAAACUUUAUUUUACAUUUGCAUUGAAGCAUAAAUCUCAAUAUUUUUCAUUAUUUUUCUAUAAUAUUUCAAUACAUAUUUUUUGUAUAUUGUUUCAAAUUAAAAAUACCUGUAUUUUUUUCAAAAUUAAAUUAAAUUAGUUUUUUUUUAUAAAUUCGAAAUUAUAUUAAAUAUUCUUCUAUGAUUUAAAAAAUUAUUAGAAAAAUAUAUUUAGGUAUAUUUUAAUUUUAAAAAAAAUUAUUUUUCUAUAUAUAAUUUAAAAUUAUUUUAGGUUUUUAAUAGGUGCAAAAAAUUUGUCUAGCUUGAAAUUAUAAUGCAUAAUAAUUUUGUGAUUUUUAAAUUUAUUUUUAAUAUUUUUCUAAUUUAAAAUUAUAAGAGCGAUUAUAAUUAAUAUUUUAUAAUUAAUCAUAUUUCUAUUAAAAAAAUAUAUUUAAAAAAAUUAUAAUUCUAAUAAUAAAUGAAUUAACUGAAUAUUAUACCAAAUGCGUAAAAAAAAAUUGUACUGAUUAGCUUUCUUAUCACUUUCAUGAAAAUAAACUAUUAAAUUAAUUUUUAAGUCGAAUUUAAAAAAUUUUUUUUUAUUAACUUUUCUUCUGUGAAUUUUUUUUCUAUACGAUAUAUCGAUUCGAAUGUAUUUUAUAAUUAGAAUAUUAAUAUUUUUCAAAGAUUGGAAAAAAUUGAUUCAAUUUUUUUCUAUUUAAUUAAUUAAUUUGCUCGAUCAUUCUAAAAAAAAAAAAAGAAGCCCUCUCCGCCAAUGUGGUUCUUAUAAGUUUGUUGAUAAUAGAAAUUCGUAAAGUUAAGAAAGAAAGAGUUCUCGAUAGAUGCAAAAGGGACGAAAAAAAAAUGAGCGAGAAUGAAAGAUAUAAUGUAAAAACCAACGUUUGAUAUGUACAUUUUAGCCUAAAUAUUAUAUUACGUGUGUUUUCUAGUGACGAGGCAUGUUUCGAUGACUGUCUAAUGUUGUAAAUCUGUAAGUUCGUCUAUUUUUUUUUAAUUGUGGCGCACGCAUACGCAUAUAUUAUUAUGCAAAAAAAAAGGAAAAAAAAAGUUACACUCGCGUUUCAUCCAAAAACACAAUAUUCACACCCCUCUCAAACACUUUACACGAGUUAACAAAUUUUUCUUAAUUGAAAUAAUAAAAUAAUAAAUUUUACAUUAUAUAUAUAAAAAAAAUAUAUAUAUAUAUAUUUUACUUGAAUUUUUUUUGUAAUGUGUACAUUUUGUAGAAGAGGAGUGAGAAGCAGUGAGAAUAAUAGAGAGCUAUUAGAGGCGGAAUAAUAAUGAAAUUUUUGUAAUUAUACUUGUAAAAUCGCUGUUUCGUGCGAAACGAGAGGUUAAACCUGAUUUCUUAAUUAUUCUUAGUAGUAGUUCGUAUCGAUAUAUUUAGAAUAUUAUAUAUAUAUAUAUAUAAAAAUGAAAAAAAAAAAUGAAAAAUAAUCAACGAGCCUGAGGUGUCAUGAUGCCCGGUAACUCGCUAGCCAAUUUGCUCCUACAGUCUUUUGUACCGUUCUUUUUUCUAAAUAAUCACUAUAUUUAGCAAUUAUUAUAUUAUAAACGUGUAUUUCUAUAUACGCUUAGACGAAGUUUUUCUACACCCCCCGUUACACAUACACGCGCGCGUUCACGCCACACGUCUCUUAUUAAAAUAAUAUAGUGACAAUUUUUAAUCGCAAGAUUCGUGAUCGCCGAUCGGGUCACGCGACUUUAAUGAAAGCAACAAAAAAAAAAAAAAAAAAAUGAAUAAUAAUAAAUAAAUUCGUGGAGGAAAAAAAAAUUAAUUCGAUUUUCGCCGAGGCCCCUAUACAAAAUCGUUUGGUAAAUAUUAGAAUUUUUUAUACGUCCAAAAAAAAUUUUCUUCCGCACGAUGGAAGAAAAUAAGAUAAAAAAUAUGAAAAAUCGAGCACCAUUUUUUGAGAGUAGCUUCGCGAAAAUCGAUUAGUAAAAAAUACAGUGGAUAUUGUGAUUAUUCUUAAAUAAAAAAAAAAAUAAAUAAAUAAAACAAGGGGGAGGCUCGAUGAAGGAAAAAAAAGAAUCGCAGAACGAAAGGAAAGGGGUGGGUUAAAGACCAGAUACCUGUUUUUUCAUACGUUAGGUGUUUUUCGCAUGUACCUAGUUAGGCGUUAAAUAAAAAAAAAAAAUACGAGGUAACCUUUUAAAGCUAAUACAUGUUAAGCCUUUUUCACGUAGUGGGACAUGAAUGUGGGUGGAAAGCAAAAAAAAAAAAAAAAACACGAGGAAAAUAAAUAAAGAGAAAACAAUUGAGUUUUAAAGGAAUGAAUGAAGAAGCAAAAAAACGGAAGCGUGUGAGUGGCUUUUGAUGCGAAGCUAGUUUCGGAAGUAUAUAAGAGAUAGAGACUGCGAGCGCAAGUGAAAAAAAAAAACAUUGGCAAAAAUCGUUCGGCGGGAGAUUUUUUACCAUUUUCUAAAAAAUAAUAAAAAAAAAAUAUUACAACGGUUGACCUAAGAUGUUCGUAGUUUUGAAUGUACUUGGCACUUUUUGAAACUUUCGAGUUAGAUCGAUUUUAAACGGAAGAAGACGAAUAUAUAAAAAAAAAAUUAGUAUUUCGAUUAGUGUUUUUGUAUAAUAUUUCUCGUAAACGUGAUUGCAAAUAUAGACUUAGGAGCGCUGAGCUUCCGCUUUUUUUCGCGUCUUUUUGACUUUCGAAAAAAAAAACCACCAAUCUAAAGCACCAGUAUUUAGCUAUUUUUCUCCACUUUUAUCCCUUUUUUCUGCCUAAUCGGUCUUCUUCAUCGCGUGUCACCAACUUUUUUUUGUUUUUUUUUUCAAAUUUCGAUAAUAGAACAUUUUUCUUGAAACCAAAAACAAGAUUUAUUUUGAAUUUUUUUUUUUUAAAUCUCCUCGCUCCUUUCCAUGAGUGUACUAGUCAUUAUAGAGUACUUUAUAUAUUAUUAUUACUAUUAUUAUUAUUAAAGAAGAAGAAAGAAAGAAAGAAAAAUGAAUUAAUUGUUGAACCGAGAAAUUUUUGAAUUUCAAGAUAAUGGUAUUUUUUCAUCGAAACAUUAUUUAAAUGCCUUCUUUUCUCUUUUUUUUUUUGUUAUAAAUUAAUUUAAAAGUAUUUUUUUACUAUUUUACGUUAUUAUACGAUCUUUUUAUUAUAUGGCGAUGAAACAUAUAUUAGACGAAUAUUAUAAUCUACCUUAUAUAAUAAUAAAUAAGAGGAGUGCAAUUCAAUUUUUUAAGAGAGGUUUAUUUUUUCGGUAUAGAUACGCGACUCACUCGAAUAAACGAAUAGACUAAAGAUUUAAAAAAAUAAAAAAAUAAAGUAAAAAAAAAAAUCGUGCGCAAUGCAAUCGACCGUUUCGAGCGUUAGGCAAAUCUUAGAUAAUCGUUAGCUGAAACAGUAAACAGUAUUACUCGAGUACUGAAAAGGUAUCAGCGUAUGCUUCUUUUUUCUCAUUGUUAACACGUUGUAACAUGCACGCGUUUGAUACGAUUUAUAAUAUUAAUUCUCGUUGUUGAACUACUUAGACGAUUGCGAUUGCUACCGAUCCCAUAUCUAUAUAUUUAAAAAAAAAAGUGAAUUCUAUACAUUACACUAAAGAAAAAAAAAAAAAAAAAGAAAAAAAACAGAAAGAGAGUGAGGGAGACACGGACACAUGCCUAAAUACACAAGACUUUACAUCUAUACAAAUGUUCUUUGUUACCUACUUUUAUUAAAAAGUAAAAAGACACUUUUCACAACAAAAAUAAAUAAAAUAAUAAAUACGAGCAGAGCAAAUCUCAAAAAGCCAACUUUUUCAAUAAAUAAUAAAAAUCUAUGCAUGUAAUAGAGAGUUAAAGUUCGAUUCUAGUAAUAUCAAUAUCAAUUUUUUCAAUGAAAUCUAUCUAUAUACAUAUAUAUAUAUAUUAUACAUUUCUCUGUUGGUCUUUCGAAUUUACUCUGUUUCGAAGCUAAUCGAUAUUUCAAUAAAUAUCUUAUUAUUAAAAAAAACAUUUUUUUUAAGCGAUCCAACGAGUGCAAAUGUCAGCAAUGAGGAGACAAGAGCAAUUUGUAUAUGUAUUCACUUGUUCCGAUCUCCCUAUUGAUAAAUAAUUCCAAUUUUUUUUUUAUUGAAUAUAUAAUCGGCAAAUUGUGAAAAUAAUUUUCAUUUAUAACAAAUUAGUCUCGUUUUGAGAUGAGCGAUGUGUCUUUUAAAAUCCGAUUUGCUUAUCUAUUGCUGUUAAGUCGAGCGCUCACUUCUCCAAUAUUUUUUUUUUCUUUUAUUUACCAAAGUGAAGUUUUUUAAAUUCCUCACUUUUUGUGAAUUUCUUCAUUUCACAUUUUGUGAGGUUCUUCACUUAAAUUUUUUUUUUAUAAAAUUUGGAAAAAAAAAUUGAAGCGAUCGCUCGAUUAAACCGACGAUUUAUAACUGUGAUUGGCUAUAUCGAGAGUUAUGUUAAAAUUUUUUUUUUUUUUUUUUUUUUGAGGAAAACUCGAAGGACCGUUCUCAACAAGGACGAUUUUUAAAAAUCUACUCCCAUUAUAAUUCGCACCAUGACCGAUCGCCCGGUCUAUAAAAACGGAGAGACGGUCUUUCGAUCUUCUCAAAGUAAAUGAAAAAAAGUGUGCAAAAAAAGUAUCCUAAAAAGCCACCGCACCAGUCCAAUUUUUUCUAGUGUCGAUUCUUGAUAUUUAUAAUAUAGAAUAUAGGCGUUUAAUCGAUGAAAAAAAUACCUUGUAGCUUAAUUAUUAAACUGAUAUAUAAUAUACAUAGAAUUUAUUUUUUUGCUCGCAGAAUAAUUGUUAUUAAGUAUAUUUAAUGGAACGAGUCGUUAUAUACCGUUUGAGUAAACGAGCAUAUAUAUAUAUAUAUUAUUGAGAGAAAACUGUAACAAUGAAAGUGCGAAAAUUUUAGCUCGAGAGCAUCUUUUAUUAUAUUAUAUAUUUUCAUCUUGCGAUAAAAAAUUACAAUUUUUUUUUUUUUUUACUCAUUUUCAAAUUUAUUGAGGGAAAAAUUAUCGAAAACAGUUGAGUAAAACUUAAAUGUACGGAAAAUAUCGAUUGUUAUUUCUCAUCGCAAAAUGAAAAAUCUAGCAUAUAUAUUGUCUCUCUCUCUCUCUGUAUAAAAAUAUAAAUAGUUAUGUAACAUUAUAUAAUAUUGGUGCAAAAGGUUAAAAAAAAAAGAAAUUUGCGCCCAGUUACCAAAUUAGCGUUCGUCAAUGACUAUUUGUAAUUCGGUGAACCAAAGUCAUAAUUCUAAUUGAGACUUGAUAUUUAAAUUACAAUUAAAAUUAGGAAAAUUUUUUAAUAACGAUAAAAAAAAUUAAGCUAUAAGAUAAAAUUUGAAUGUAAUUUAAAUAAUAUAAAAAAAUAAAAAAUAUUCUUAGUACCUAUUCCUUUAAAAUGUUCGAAUAAGUAAUGUAAUUUUAAGCUUUUUUGGAAAAUUUUAAAGCUAUAUAUAUAAAUAUAUAUAUAUUCGACUGAAGACUUGGGUUCACCGAUAUGAUAUAUAUAUAUAGAGAAUGAUAUAAAAUAGAGUACCACUCUCGUUGUUCAGAAAAUGUACUCUAAAGAAAGGAAAAAAAAAUCUUGGUAUCGUGCGGUGGCUAAUACACUGUGGCAUUAAUUAAAAUUAAGGCACGCUAACGAAACCAAGAGAUGUUUUUUUUUUUUAGGAUAAAUUGGCUGUGCCACUUACAUAUAUAUGCUUCUGUUCACCGAUUGACGUCUUUGAUUAUCGUAAACCCGUUUAGUUACUCAGGACACAGCCCACCUGAGAACGCAUUCAGGCUGUGAAACACUAUUAAAUAUAUAGGGAUUUCAUGCGACAAAAUGAAAUUUUUUGUUCAUUGAUCCACUCGAGAUCUGUGGUGUGAAGAAAUGAAAAAAAAAAUAAAUAAAUAAUCAGCCAUUGGUCUUUUUUUAUAUUUGUGUAUAGUCGUUAAGGUUCCAAAGCCCGUGAACUUUCCCGCGUGCGCGAAACAAUCUGAGAUUUGAUUUGGUCCAAUGUUUUUUUGUUUUUCUUGUAUUGCAUUUUUUUUUUUUUAUUAACCACCAUCGAGCUGUAAAUUUUAGCUUUUACAAAAAUUAAAAAAAAAAAUUCUUUUUCCAAACAUGGCUCAAAUCUCUUCUCUGGAUGUGUAUAAUGAAAUCAAAGACGUCGGUUGCAAAAAAGCCUGUAAAUCGUAUCAAUCGGAGACGGAAUGCAACAAGGGGAGAGCAAAAGAAAAAAUUCGAAAAAAAAAUUCUUUUUUCUUUCAAUUCGAAUUUUAUCAUUAUUGUUGUCUCCUUGUUGAUGUGAAGAUAUCACCUUGCGCAGACUAAAUAUUUAUAUAUAUGUAAACGUGUAUAUGUAUGUACAUGAAGAAAAAAAGAUAAUAAUAAGAGAAGGAAAAAAACGAAGAAAAUAAAUUAAACGUUAAAUUCUUCGACUUUUUGUCCCUUAUGUUUAUAUAUAUAUAUAUAUAUAUAUAUAUAUAAAAACAGGAUAUAAUUUAUAUAUAUAUAUAUAUAUAUAUAUAUAUAUAUAUGCAUAAAUAUAUCUUAAAAAUAUAUAUAUACAUAUUUCAUGUAUACACAUAUACAUAUAUUUAUAUAAGUAGGAUGGUACUUUCGUGCUCGUUUUCUCAAAUCACACACACACAUACAUACACAUACACACAUAUGCUCCAACACAAACAUAUUAUUAUAAUUACCUAACAGAAGUAAUUUGUACUAUGUAACUAUUACUAUUUUUAUGAAUUUUUGUACAUUUUUCUAAUUAUUUUGUAUAAUAAUCCUUAGCGGAAAGAAUGGCAAAAAAGUCUGGAAUUUCCCCCCAUUACCCUUUGACCUUUUAUCCUAUCCGCCCCCCCCCUAUGUCCCAAAGAGAAAAAAAUCCCGCGAACCUCCCCCAAAAGUGUUCAAACGGCGAAUUUGACGGUGUGACGCGAGAAAAGAAAAAAAAAAAAAUGUUUCUGCAUGAAAGUGUGAAUUUGUGUGUGAAAAGGUUAUUUGUCAAAAAAAAGAAAAAUUGAAUGGAAAAGAGAGAGAAAUGGUUGGUGACUUUUGUCAAAAAAAUAAUAAUAAUAACACAAAAUAAUGGUGAAUGUUUGUCCGUUUGUUCGUGCUGUGUUUUUAGUCGAGGGGGAGAUUUUUUCCUAAAAUCCUUUUACCACUUAGUGUUAUACUUUUUCGCUAUUAUAAUAAAUAAGGGUACUAUUAUGUACGACGAUUUUUAUGUUUUGUAUUUUAAAAAAAAAAAGUGAAAUUUCUUAGGGACAAGUUGCAAAAAAUAUAGAAGGGAAUGGAAAAAAAGAACGAUUGAAAUAAAAAAAAAAAAAAAGAAAUAUGUAACUUGGGAGACUUUAAGUGUAUUUGACGAAUUAUUUAGCAAAAAAAAAGAAAAAAAAACAGAAUGAAACAAAUGGUAUUGCAAGAGUUGAAUGUGUGAGAAAAACAAAACCUCCUUCGUAAUUUGAAACGUGUUUGUUAUUAAUUAUAAGAAUCACUUUUUCCUUUUUCUUGAAAAUGAAAUGCUAUAAAAAAAAUAGAUUGAUUCUUUCAUGAAGAAUCUUUUGAAUUUUGUCUGAAAAAAACCUUGUCGAGCAAAAAACGAUUUGUGCAAAAAAAAAAAAAAAAAAUAUAUAUAUAUAUAUAUAUAUAUAGUGAGGAAAAAACAAGUCGUCAACAAAAUUCGCCUAAAAAUAACCUCAUCUUCCUUGUGAGUUCUGCAAUGAAAUAAAAAAGUAAAAUAAUAAAAUAAAAAUCCAUUUCAAAGAGUUAUAGACGAAUUUAAAAGAAAGAGGAAAAAAAAUCAACCUCCACGAGUAUUUCGUCAAACGAAAAAAAGUCGCGCUCCCACGUGUACUCAUUUCGUACUACUAUUCUAUUCUUACUACUUGGUAUUUAUGUGUAAUUUACGAUUUUUUGUUAAUUUCAAACCCUUUUAGUACUUUAAUAAAUGAGUUUGUUAAAAAUAA